CGCCGAGGCGCCUGAGCAGGUCGCAAGUGCCCCGUUCCACUCCAGUUAUGGCGGCCCCCCGACAGGCCGCGGACGGCGGCGCUCUGGAAACACGCGGUCUGGAGCGGAUUCUGGAGGCGUUGAAGCUGCUGCUGAGCCCGGGAGGAUCAGGCUCAAGUUCACUGCAGAUCACAAAACAUGAUAUCUUGUUGGCUACUUUAAAAUCUAACCUGUCUGCUUUGGAGGACAAAUUGCUGAAGGAUCCUCACUGGAAGAAAUUGAAACUCCUAAGGGAUGAAAUUGCUAAUAAGGCAGAAUGGCCACAAAAUUCUGUGGAUGUCACCUGGAGUUUUACCUCUCAAACCUUACUGUUGCUGUUGUGCUUGAAGGAAACCAUGAUCCACCUUGCAGCUGAUUUCAAUCCGGGUAAACCCAACCCUAGGACUCCAGAAGCUGCUCCUGCUCUGAGCCCAGAUACACUUAGUAUCUCACAGCAGAAGACUGUCCAGUCAGUCUUGCAGUUUGUAGUCACCUUGGGUGUCUGCCCCUAUCUCAUGCCUGGUGUUGGAGUCCCUUUGAGAUAUAGGACGGAGUUCGGGGCCGUUGUUCAAGAUGUGGUAUGUCUUGAUGUUGCCCCGGAUGCAACCCGGAGACUGUACACCAGCUGCAGGGUCCUCCUAAAUGUUGCUCAGCAUGCAUCUCUGGGGAGCUUGAUUUUCUGCCGCCAUUUUGGGGAUAUUGCUGCAGGCCUGUGCCAACUGGGGUUCUGCCCAACCAAGAGAAAACCACUAAAACCUGAGGAAGAGGUGUUAACCGAAGAGGAAAGAGCCCUAUCUAGGGAGGCCUUGAGAAACAUCUUGGAUCAAAUAUAUCAACCAUUAGCAGUCCGAGAAUUACUUAUCCUCCAGGGAGGACCACCCCAGUCCUGCACAGAUGUGAAGACACAAGUUAGGUGUCGGGCCCCAGCUUGGCUUCGGCGUCUAUGUGGGCAGCUGCUCUCCGAAAGGUUGAUUAGACCCAGUGGUGUUCAGGCAGUAGUCCGGGGCAUUUUGGAAGGAGCAGGUGCUGGGGCGGCUGGCGGGAGUGAUGCUGAGGCCACGGCUGCUGACUGGAAGAAGUGUGACUUGACUGCAAAGAUUUUGGCCUCUUGUCCCCAGCAGUCUCUUUCACCAGAGGAUUACUAUAGGGAUAUCUGCCCCCAGAUUCUGGAUUUAUUUCACUUUCAAGAUAAAUUGACAGCACGACAAUUUCAGCGAGUUGCUACCACUACCUUUAUAACUAUGUCAAGAGAACACCCACAAUUGGCAGCAAAGUAUUUGCUUCAGCCAAUGUUAGCUCCUCUUCAUCGAUGUUUAAAUACAGCAGAGAUUCCAGAGAGUGACGUGGUGCCUGGGACCAUUUUGGUGACAGAAGAAGAACUUAGUAGAUGUAUUGAGGAUGUAUUUAAGGUGUAUGUGGUCGGGAAUGAACCUUCAACAGUUUUGGUGGAUUCCCUGCUUCCAGUCCUGGGAGUCCUCUUUUCUCUCUACUGUUUUACCAAGCAGGGUGUGUCUCACAUAAGGUCACUUUGCCAAGAGAUCUUAUUGUGGAUUCUGGGGAAGCUGGAGAGGAAGAAGGCGAUUGCCAGCCUGAAAGGAUUUGCAGGGUUGGACAAAUCUGUGCCCUCUCUCCAUUGUCUGUGUCACUUUAGAGCUGCCACUCAAGGUGGCAUUAUGAUUACCAUCAAAGAGGCCAUUUGUGAUGAAGAUGAAGAUGAAGCCUUGUAUCAGAAGGUGUCCUCAGAGCAAUGCCAGAUAGAGCAUCUCGGGGACUUGCUGUCCCAUUGCCAGGAAUGUGGUUUGGCAGGCGACUUCUUCAUCUUCUGCUUGAAGGAGUUGACGUGUGUGGCUGAGGAACAUGAAGCAGAAUUAAAAACAAAGCCUUUCUCCAGCAAAAGCCUCUUGGAAUUGGAGCAGCACCAAACUCUUCUUGUGGAAGGCCAGGAGCAGAAACUGCUGGUCCUCCAGCUGGUGGCUGUUCUGUGCGAGAGAAUGUCUGAGCAGAUAUUUACAAACAUCACUCAGGUGGUGGACUUUGUAGCAGCAACACUGCAGCGAGCAUGUGCAAGCUUGGCCCACCAGACAGAGAGCACUGUGGAAUCACAGACACUGAGCAUGUCCAUGGGGCUGGUGGCUGUCAUGCUGGGAGGAGCUGUUCAGUUGAAGUCAAGUGAUUUUGCUGUCCUGAAGCAGUUGCUGCCUCUAUUGGAGAAGGUCUCCAACACAUACCCUGACCCUGUCAUCCAAGAACUUGCUGCUGAUCUCCGCAUCACCAUCUCCACCCACGGAGCCUUUUCCACUGAGGCUGUCAGUGUGGCUGCCCAGAGUACCCUGAACAAAAAGGAUCCACAAGGGAAAAUAGAAGGGCAGCAACAAAGCAGUCGUGAAAGAUCCACUGAUGUGUCUCAUAGCCACCUCACACAACAGCAAAGCCGUGAGAAAUCCAAUGAGACAGACCUGAAAUCUAAUGCUCCACUCAUCCCUCAGGAGGUCAGUGAACCCAGCACCACUACAAAUCAGAAAUCUGGAAGCAUAACCACAGAGCAGCUCCAGGAAGUUCUUUUAUCAGCUUAUGAUCCUCAGAUUCCAACACGGGCUGCUGCCCUGCGCACUCUUUCCUGCUGGAUAGAGCAGAGAGAGGCAAAAGCCCUUGAGAUGCAAGAGAAACUUCUCAAGAUUUUCUUGGAGAACUUGGAGCAUGAAGACACCUUUGUAUAUCUGUCCGCCAUUCAGGGGAUUGCCCUGCUCUCAGAUGCGUACCCUGAGAAAAUCUUGCUUGGCCUGUUGACUCAGUAUGACAGUGGUAAAGACAAGCACACUCCGGAGACCAGAAUGAAAGUUGGAGAAGUCCUGAUGCGAAUUGUCAGGACAUUAGGGGUCAUGGUCUCAAAGUACCGAGAACCUUUGAUCCACACCUUCCUGAGGGGAGCGAGAGAUCCAGAUAGUGCUCACAGGGCCAGCAGCUUAUCUAACCUUGGAGAACUGUGCCAGAGGCUGGACUUUCUGCUGGGCUCCGUGGUUCAUGAGGUGACAGCUUGCCUGAUUGCUGUGGCUAAAACAGACCAUGAAGUUCAAGUGCGCAGAGCUGCCGUCCACGUGAUUGUCCUGCUGCUUCGGGGACUCAGCCAGAAAGCUACUGAGGUGCUGAGGGACGUCCUCAAGGAUCUCUACCACCUGCUGAAGCAUGUGGUGCGUUUGGAGCCCGAUGACGUGGCCAAACUCCAUGCCCAGCUGGCCCUGGAAGAGCUGGAUGAGAUAAUGAGAAACUUCCUGUUCCCACCACAGAAGCUGGAGAAAAAGAUUGUUGCUCUGCCAUAGACCUGAGUCAAAGGACAUCAAGGAGGCAGAGGGGGACCAAGCAGCCAGAGCAGUGCCCAAGCCUUCCGGCAGGUGGCCCCACUGCCUCUUUGGUGCGGGCAAUACGGCUGACCCUGGAAGUGGCUUUACGUCUCUGGUCAUUUGUGUCUUCAGGCUGACCGUCCUAAAGCAUCUAUUUAGCUACAUCCUGCAUCCAGCCUGAAGUGUGUGCCGUUAAAAGAAAAAAGAUUAUAAAUCUCAUUAAUCUGCACAUUUUUCACUGUGCCGUAGCAUUUAGAGAAGGAUGUCUACCUGAUGGAAGUAUAUUUUUUAACACGACUGAUGGAAUUUGAUUAAUUGGCCACUUGCUUCUUGAGUAGAAGAGCUUGGCCAGCCGUAUGUUACAUGUCUUGAUAUUCUUUCGUGGUGAGAUUGUUCUUCCCUGUGGUAAAGCGGAGCAGCCAGAGCUAGUCAUCCUUGGCUGCUCAAGAGGCAUUUCAGAGAAUGGAGAUGCAGUUGGAGGUAGGGAGGGGAAGGAAAUUAUCAAAACAUGCAAAACGGAAUAAAAUUAUCUUGGCUGGAAAGAAUAAGAGGUCUGAAUCUUGUCCUCUGC